AUGAGCAUUCCUGGCUUAUCCCACGCCUUUGCUACAGUGACCUUCACUCCAGAACAAAAGGAGGACUACCAGUGCACCUUCACAGCUUCCCUUGUUAGCCCAAAAAGGUCUGUGAAGAUGAAACCCCAAGAGCUGACCUUCACUGUCAGUGGAGAGGGGCACGUGCCUCAGGUGACAGUCGAGUGCCCGGGCCUUCGGACCUCUACUUACACCGAUGUCAUUGUGCUCCGUGUUCCCUUUUCUCAGUUUACAGUUCAUAUCAUGGAUGACCAGGGAGUUUUCUUCCUGAAAAGCACGCAGUCCGCACUCCGUGCCUUCCACACUGCAGACAUGGAAAAGGACUCCACUGGAAAAGCCAAGAAGCCUUACCUGCUCCUGGAACACGGGCAAUCAGCAGAGUUUGACGUGUUUUUCAAACCCACCCUGGCCCAACGUCUGAAAGGGAAGAUCCGUGUGCCAGUGUCAGGCAACAGUGAGAUCGACAUAGAGCUGGUGGGUGAAGGCCACAAUGAUGACUUCACCCUUGAUAACCUCCCUGGACUAGCAGAAGACAGCCAGGGGAGCAAUGCUGAGGGCAAUCUGGAGGACGACAUCAUUGAGGCUGUCAGAGCGAAUCACAUAAAGUUUGGGGAGUGUGCAGUCAGGGAGCUCUGCAACAAGACCUUCACAGUCACCAACCGCAGCAAGGAGGAGGUGAUGCAGUUUGAGUGUCUGCUGGCAGAUGCCCCGUUCCAGUUCUCCCCCAAGGUGGGACACCUCCAGCCUGGCUGUGCCAAGAAUAUCAGAGUGACCUUGAAAUCCAAGGUCCCGGUCACCAUCAAAAGGCACUCUGUGAACUGUAUGGUGGCCAAGAUCAAAUACCAGCUGCCACCAGAGGAGGUUUGCGACUGGGAUGACAGAAUGUGCACUGAGAAGUGGGAGGAUACCACCGAGAGACUCCCGGGAGCCCGCUGGCCUUUGAAGCGGAGGGUGGUCAAGGCAGUCCCGGAACCACCUCACACCAUCGUGGAGAGGAGCAGCCACGAGGUCGAGCUUGUCCUCAGUGCUCAGGUUGACUACGCUGAGUUCAAACUGGACACGGUCGAGGUUCAGCUGAAGCAGACUGAGCUCUUCCAGACAGAGAGAAGCACGUGA